AUGCCUUUGACUACCCGUCGCGCACAUGCUACUCGUAGCACUACUGUUGCUAGAAAGCCAUCUUUAAUGUACCGCCUUACACACCCUGCGGGAACCAGAACAGUAGGGACCAGGUCAACAGCGGGGACUAGAGCGACCCGCAGAAGAACCAAGGCUACUGGUCCAGCCCCAGUAUCGACCCAUCGUCGUGCUCGCACGAAGCCUACCCUUGGUGCUAGGAUUCAUGGUAUGGCAAAGAAAGUUGCUGGAACUCUUACAGGGUCCAGGACCAAGAAAGCUCAGGGAAACGCAAUGGUGAACGGUAGAACUCCCGGAUCUCGCCGCAGGAGACAUUUGUAA